UUCAUUCGUAUUUCGUUUUUAGUGCAAAAUGGCUCCGACUCGGAGUAUUAUUGGUUUUUUAAAUCCAAAAACCUUUAGCACUGUGUUAAAUAGGAAUUUGUCUAAAACUUCGUGUCGCUUUGUUCAUAAAUGCAAUAAUUGUAAUAACUUUUUAGGGCGUCCUGUUGCAACUUUAGGAAAUAAAAAUUUGAAGUAUAAUGAAAUAAGCUCGCAACAUCGAUUGAUACAUACAACCAGCAGCCUAGACGCUAGAGCUGAUUACUAUAAAGUAUUGGGUGUGUCUAAAAAUGCUUCAGCGAAGGAUAUAAAGAAGGCAUAUUAUCAACUUGCCAAGAAAUAUCAUCCUGAUGCAAAUAAGUCAGAUCCGGAUGCUCCGAAAAAGUUCCAGGAGGUUUCUGAAGCAUAUGAGAUUCUAUCGGAUGAGAAUAAACGUAAGCAAUAUGACACAUACGGAACCACAUCAGACCAGAUGGGAGAUAUGGGAGGGCCAGGAGGUACCGAUGGCUUCACGCACCAAUGGCAGUACAAAUCUACAAUUGACCCUGAGGAGUUGUUCCGUAAGAUCUUUGGAGACGCUGGUUUCAAAAGCGAGGCCUUCGGCGACUUUGCUGAGAGCAAGUUUGGAUAUGGCGCUGCUCAAGAAGUGAUAAUAAACCUGCGUUUCACAGAAGCAGCGAGGGGUGUGAACAAAGAUAUAAACAUUAAUGUGGUGGACAUUUGUCCGAAAUGCCAAGGCUCAAGGUGUGAACUCGGCACUAAGGCUAUCAAAUGCACAUACUGCAAUGGCACAGGCAUGGAGACAUUUUCAAGAGGACCUUUUGUAAUGAGGUCGACGUGUCGGCACUGCCACGGAACUAGGAUGCUCAUCAAAUUCCCCUGUGUGGAGUGUGAAGGAAAAGGUUCUAGUGUGCAAAGAAAGAAGAUAACCGUGCCUGUACCGGCCGGCGUGGAGGACGGACAAACGGUUCGCAUGUCUGUCGGGAGCAAUGAAAUAUUCGUCACCUUCAAAGUUGAGAGUUCUAGCUACUUCCGUAGAGAUGGGCCUGAUGUGCAUACGGAUUGUACAAUUUCCGUAUCUCAAGCAAUUUUGGGUGGCACUGUAAGGAUACAAGGAUUGUAUGAAGAUCAUACAUUGCAGAUUGUACCUGGCACAUCUUCGCACAGUACAAUUCGCCUGUCUCGGAAAGGUAUGAAGAGAGUCAGUCAGCAUGGUUAUGGAGAUCAUUAUGUACACGUUAAGAUACAGGUUCCAAAAACGUUGAGCGAUAAGCAAAAAGCGCUCAUGUAUGCAUUUGCAGAGCUCGAAGAGGACACCCCAGGACAAAUACAUGGAGUCUCUUUUGAUAGAGAUGAAAGUACAAAAUCUAGCGGUAGUACAGAGAGCAAUACAGAUUCACAAAAUAUACACCCUUCGAACAAAGAGGAUACGAAACGUAGCGAUAAAGCUCAAUGGACUUUCAUAGAUAGUAUGAUAGAUGCGUUUUAUAGGAAUCGAUCUACUUUUGCAUUAGGGUUCGCUCUGUCUACCACAUUGGUUAUAUAUCUUUUAACUAUGGAUCCGAGUAGGGAAUUUGAAAUAACAGAUUAUAUACCUAGCAAGGAUCAGCCUCUGGAUGUGCCUCUUGGAUAUCAAAAGGCGAUACAAAGGCAGAAGGAACAACAACCUGAGUUGUAUGAGGCUUAGAAAUUAUGUUGUGACUGUUUAAAAGGGCAUUUAGCUGGGCUAUUAUUUUUGAAAGUUUAACAAAUUGUUAAGAUGUAGGAUGAAUAUCUUAUUUAAAUGUAUUUUAGAAUCUAACGCGCUUACCAGAAAUAUGAUAGACAGAAUUUGUAGAUAUGAGAUAGUAUAUUAUAAUAAUAAGGUAAAUGGAUGGUCUAAUUUUAUAAAAGCUUUAUGAACAUUCAAUUAUGUCAAAACAAUUACAUUACCUAUUUAAUAUCUCAGGCCCCGGAACGACAGACGCAAUAGAAAAUCUAUUGUGUCGUGGACCGAUCGGGCCGCUUGGGGCUCAAUGGGUUAAAAAUAACGCUUUUUUGUUAGAUAUUUCUAUGAAGAUUUUUCCUUACCUCUUUAUAUAUAUUAUAAUGGGAUGUAUAGACUUUCGAUUUAUAUAUUAAACCGAUAAAAAAAUAAAUAACAUUUUUUUUUGACUUGCUUAAAAUUUGACCAUCCAUUUUGCUGUUUAGGUAUUCAAAAGAUAUAGUAUGAUGGUUGUUAACUAUUUAUUGUAAAUAAUUCUAUGAAUACACGAUAUAUUGAAAUA